UCUUGGGCCGUCUCAACCACCGAUCUCUGAUCAUCGAUCCUCGUCAUCCGGCUCCAGCACAAAUUUAGUUCCAUAGCCCUGCCUCUUAUCGGCCGCCUCCAAGACCUCGUGUAUCCCGGCUGCGAGCAUAUCUGCUUCGUUCGCAUCCACAUCCUCGCCUUCGCCCUCGUCCACAUCCGCAGCCACACUCGGCUCGACUCAGCCCACCGACUCGACUCGACUCGACUCAACUCGACUCGGCCCCGACUUCCUCGUCGCCAACUCACCUUCCGACACACGGCUUCCGCCACCAUGGUUACGAACCGUCUCCUCCGAGUCCUUCUCGGAGCCGCCAUGCUCCUGGCCGCGGCCGUCGCGCAGCCAGACUCGCCCGACUGCAUUGCAGACCCGCUGCGGGUUGAGUGCGCCGACUUUAUCCUCCCGGACUUCAAGAUCCACCCGAUGCUCACGGAUGCGUGCACCACGUCGCCAGCCCUUGCAGGCUGUACCCUCAAGCGCACAUGCGAGCUGAACAGCACCCUCCAGAACGAGCCCUUCUGCAGCCCCUUCUCGCUGCUGUCGUCGAUCUGCGCCCGCGACUCGCCCAGGCUGCGGGGCUGCCGCACAUACGUGCAGGUAUGCCGGCCCCUUUCGAUGGUGCGCCAGUGCGAGAACGAGUCCGGACUCGCGACGCUCCCGCUCACAGAGCCGGUCAAGCAGCAUGUGUCGACGAUCUGCUCGGAGCACUCGAAUCGGGUCAACCCGCCGCUGGCGUGCCUUACGUGCCUGCCCUCGCCCGACAUCGAGACCUGCGAGCCGCUCGCAGUCUAUUCGGUCCUGUGCAGCAAGGCCGAGCCAGACCAGGCCGAGUGCCAGGACUUUUUCAAGAUGUGCAAGGCCACCCCCGAGCUGGGCCUGUGCCCGCGCGAGAAGCCGCCGCCGCGCCCGUCCUUCAAGCCGUACCUCCACUUUGACACGAUGGACUAUGUCGUCUUUGAUUGGGUUGUGCCUGGGACCGAGUACGGCCUGUCGGUGACCUGUCUUACGGUGUUUGCGCUGGCGUUCCUCUACGAGAUGCUCCUGUACGGCCACCGCAGCCUCGAGGUCCGUUGGUUCAAGCAGGACAAGGCUCGGCGCCGCGCAGGAGCCGAAGCACGAGCUGGACUGGUUGAUCCCUACGACGACCAGGCCGAAGAUGCCAACGAGAACGAGCCGCUGCUGGGUGCUGGCCAGACCGCCCAGGCCGCUGCUGGCGAACCGCAAGGCCUGGGACAGCAUCUCCAGCGCGGGUUUGUAGGAUUCGCGAACGGCAUCCGGCGCCUGGCAGAGUGGAUCAACGUCCAGCUGCUCCGGGCGUUCUUCCGGUUCUUUGGGGCGGCGUCUGGCUUCCUGCUGGUGAUGCUGGUGAUGACCUUCAACGUGUCGAUCAUUCUGUCGCUGCUGGCGGGUCUGGCUGCCGGGUCCUUUUUCGUUGGCGGACCGCCCAUGAGCAUCGUCGAGGAGAUUCAUCUGUGAAGCUCUGGUCGUCCAGCGAGACGACGGCGGCAGGAUGCAUAAUGGCGAUGCACAAGUUGGCGAUGCACAAGUUGGCGAUGCACAGGUUGGCGA